AUGACAGUGUUACUACUUACUUUAUGCGUUUUCAACCUUGCCGCGUCAAAUCCAAAUGACCAAACACAAAUCGAACGGUAUAAUGAUAAAAUAAAGACGUAUAAACUGGAAGUGCCUGGAAAGGAACCAAUUACUAUAAUAGAAACCGCGCCUGUCUCCGAUAUGGGGAGUAAAUGGGAUUCUUCUGAUAAAAUGCUUAGUGAUAAAGAUGUAGAAAUUAGAAAUCUUAUGACGCAUAUAGUUCACGAUAUAAACGGAAAUCGUCCUCGUUGUUAUGGACCCUCUUGUCAAGAACGAUUUGAUGAAAAUGAAGGUCCGCAAGAUAGCUUUGAGGACUUAUUUGGUAAUGAGAAUGCAGAUAAACUAAGAGAUUAUCGCGAUUUUCCUAAAGAUCGUCUACAAGCUAUUAGCGCUUUAGCGGCAAAAUUAAAAAAAGACAAGUUAAAAGCUGAUCGAUAUUCUCCCAUAAAUGAUGACAACAUUGAUGAGAACAACAAUAAAAAGAUAUUUACAUCCUGGAACCGGUUGAAAGUGAAACAACAUAAUCAUCCAUUUGACGAUAAAGACGGCUGGGUGACAUUGGAACCAGUAGCAUGGUCUACCAGCAAAAUUUCAAAAUGGAAACCAAAUGUGAAAAAACAGAAACCCAGUUAUUGGAAUGAUGACGAAGAUAGUUUUUCGACCGAUGAUAGACUAACUUCAAAUCAAGACAUGGAUACGAGUUAUAAUUAUGCAGAAAAGAAGCCUACUAUGAUUCGUCCUGGUUUCAUGAAUAACAAAUUGCAUUUGUCAUCAGAAUAUGAUACAGAAUUACCAUCCAAACCGACAUGGAUGGAACCCCAACAGUCCACUGCUAAUUUUCAAUCUUCAUGGGCCCCUGAUGAAAGCCGCCGCCCUUACAAGCAUAAUUGUGACACACAUGAAAAUUAUCCAAAUGAUGAUUCGGGAUACUAUGAAACAAUGCAAGAUUCUUUAGUGAUCGAUCCUCGACCGUCAAAAUUUCCCUAUGAAUAUGAAGCACUUCAUCAAUCCCCCAUUCGGAAACGCCCAUACAGAAGACCUACCAUGUAUAGUGGUAUGUCUGAUUCUGAAGGUGAUCGGUCAUCAAGACCACCUUAUGGAGAUGGACAGUGGGUAUUACUUUCAACAACAAAAGGUUAUAGAAAUAAAAAACGACAGAGGUCACUGAAUCCAAUGAAUACAGAAAAUGUGGUAUAUCCGACGGUGACGUCACACCAAGGUGUUGCAUUAACAGUGUUGCCUGUUGAUGAUACACAUACUAAUAUGACAAUUUCGCAUGGUGGCUUAUUAGAGGUAGAACGAAACUUUCAAACUGUAGAAGAGUCUAAACUUGAUAUGGACAAGAAGAAUGAUUUAGAGUUUUCGACGUCUCAGCAAAAACCAAUCCGAAAUAAAAUCAUCAAAACAAAAGUUGUGCCCAGUAGCUUACCUGAUAGAUCCACUGUUUUUGCUGCAGUUGGCGCUGGUAUGCUGCCGGCUACAAUGGCAAUGGUAGUACCUAUGAUGUUAGGUCGAAGACGCAGAAGGAGAGAUUUAAAUGAGAUCAUACAUCCCUUUCAUAUGGACGAUUACAAUCGACUUUAUUGA